GCACUCAUUUACUUCUUAACAAACUAGUACUGUUACUCAUUGUGUAUUCAUUCCACUGACACACACACACACACAGCUCUAUUUACUCUGGAAUAUUAUUGGCCAUAUAAAUGGAUUCUCUCUCAGGGCGAUUGUAAGCAUGCGGUAUUUUGGCUGAGCGCCGCAGGCGAGGAGGAGUCUGUCGCUCCCGCCCAGCUCGCCAGGACACAGCGAGAGAGAAAAAGGCAAAGUUCAGUCUGAGAGAGCGCUCCGCUGAGAGAAGGUUGCUGCACUCCGCUUUAUCUAUCCUGCGACCGCACGAGACGAGACGAGACGCGCGCGCAUUUAUGGUCUGGAACGGAAAUACGCGUGACAGGGAAAAAGUUUAACGCGCGCGCGCGCUUUACUUUCAGUUUGACGGCCCACGCGCGGGAUGUUGGUCGGAGAACUGUUUUGGAUCAAGAGUGAAGUAUUUCACCGAGGAAUGUUAUUUGCAAAGAUAAGACCACAAAUAGUACACGCAUAUUUUGCAUUCAGAUUUAUUUCCUAAUAUGCCUGGAUUAAAACAAAUUCUCAUUCCUGUUGAAUAUUUAUGACAUGGAGAACUUUAUGAACUUUAUGAACUUGUUUGCCUGCUAGUGAUGUAUUGUGAGAUUUUUAAAAUCUGUGCCAUUACCAUGGUAUGUCAUGUGAUGGUUGUGGUACUUCUGUGCCAACUAGUGACUGCCGCGUUCUCGCUGGAGAUCGGGGGUUACGAUGGUGAGUGGGGCAGACCGGCAAAAUGCGAGCCGAUCACCAUUCCCAUGUGCCAAGGAAUCGGCUACAACAUGACACGGAUGCCCAACUUCAUGAAAUAUGAUAGUCAAGAGGAAGCAAGUAUAAAAAUCAGCGAAUUUGCUCCUCUGGUGGAAUACGGCUGUGAUGUGCACCUCCGCUUUUUCCUGUGUUCCCUUUAUGUGCCCAUGUGCACAGACAAAGUGUCCAACACUAUCCCAGCAUGCCGGCCUAUGUGCGAGCAAGCAAGGCAGAAAUGCUCUCCUAUUAUGGAGAAAUUCAGUUUCAGCUGGCCGGAUUCAUUGGACUGUUCAAAGCUGCCAACCAAUAAUGACCCUAAUUCACUGUGCAUUGAGGCUCCAGAGAAUGACACGGUGCCUGAGACUAGGAAAGGGGAGGGCAUGCUGCCUGUGCCUGCCAGACCCAGGCAGUCCGGCAGCGGACAUGGACAAUCAUCUGGGACUUGUGAGAACCAGGAGAAGUUCCAGUAUGUGGAGAGGAGCAAAUCAUGUGCACCACGAUGCACCCCCACUGUGGAUGUGUUCUGGUCCAGGCAAGACAAGGACUUUGCUUUCAUCUGGAUGGUCGUGUGGUCUACUCUUUGCUUUGUCUCAACUGCAUUCACAGUCCUCACCUUCCUCCUGGACCCACAGCGCUUCCAGUACCCUGAGAGGCCUAUUAUCUUCCUCUCCAUGUGCUACAAUGUCUACUCUGUGGCUUUCAUCAUCCGCUCUGUGGCAGGAGCUGAAAACAUUGCCUGCGACCGGGAAAAUGGGCAGCUUUAUGUCAUACAAGAGGGAUUAGAGAGCACAGGCUGUACCAUAGUCUUCCUCAUUCUGUAUUACUUUGGCAUGGCCAGUUCUAUCUGGUGGGUCAUUCUCACACUUACGUGGUUCCUUGCAGCUGGCAGGAAAUGGGGGCAUGAAGCCAUCGAGGCUCACAGCAGCUACUUCCACAUGAUCGCCUGGGGCAUCCCGGCUUUGAAGACCAUAAUCAUUCUCACCAUGCGCAAAGUGGCAGGUGACGAGUUGACUGGACUGUGCUACGUCGGUAGUAUGGACACCAAUGCUUUAACUGGGUUUGUUCUCAUCCCUCUCUCCUGCUAUCUGAUCAUCGGCACCUCUUUUGUCCUCACCGGGUUUGUUGCGCUGUUCCACAUCCGAAAGAUCAUGAAAACCGAGGGCACCAACACAGAAAAGCUGGAAAAGCUCAUGUUUAAGAUUGGGAUCUUUUCUGUCCUUUACACUGUCCCCGCCACUUGUGUGAUAAUCUGCUACUUCUAUGAGAGACUCAACAUGGACUACUGGAAGUUUCGCGCUCUGGAGAACAAGUGCGUCUCUUUUCCUGGACGAAGGGUUGAGGACUGCUCUCUGGAGUCUUCCGUGCCCACCGUAGCCGUGUUCAUGCUGAAGAUAUUCAUGUCCUUAGUGGUUGGCAUUACCAGCGGAGUCUGGGUAUGGAGCUCAAAGACUCUCCAGACUUGGCAAGGCUUGUGCACCAGGAAGUUGUCGAUGAGGGCAACGCACAAGCCCUGUCCUACCAUCAACUGCAGCAGCUCCCACUGUCAUUACAAAGCCACUGCAUUCCAUGCAAACAAAACUGAUUUGUGCACAGACAGUCCCACGAGGGUUUGACAAAAUUUGGUGGCAGUUUGGAUGUAAUUUGACAUAAUAUGAACAAAAUAGACAUUUUUAAAUGCCUACCCUUGUCAGCGAAAGCAUUUAAAAGCUUCAGCCAGAGGAGAAACAAUAAAGGCAAAGACUGUAACAGGUCAUGCUGUGUUGAUGGCAUGGUUCUGUGGUGCAACUGAAAUGUAAAUACAGACAUUAAUAAGUUCAAGCUGAAAUGUUUAUUUAUUAUGGCUAUUUAAGUAUUGCUUGUCACUGAAUGCACUAUACUGUACAUACAAACAGAUGCUCUGAAUAGUGGGGUGUAAGAAUUUGGAAAUAUUGUAUAUUUAAAUAUAUUUUGGAUGAAAGAAUAAUAAAAAUUAUAUAUAUAUUUUUGCACUGACUUUAAUUACAUUCAUUGACCCACAUUUUUAUGAAAAACAUGGCAUGGAGCAUAUUUGUGAAUGAUUUCCACAUUAUGCUGUUAUGUCAGUAACAGAUUGGAAAUGAGUUCUGAAUGUUUUCUCAAAUGUCCUCUUUAGUUAGCACUUUUUGAGGAAAUGGAUUUUGUCACACAAGAAAUAUGGAGAGUGCUUGUAGAGCAAAAGCAUUCUGAAACAGUGGAUCAUAUUUCUCAUAAGUCUGGUGAAAUUUAGCUUCUGAAAAGUCUUAAUGAUAAAGUGGACUGCAAUCGAAUAGUGUAGAGUUGUGAGUUUAAUGCUACUUUUUUUAUUAGCAUAAUUUUCAUUUAAUACCCAUCGUAAGACUGUUGUUCAUACCGUUGGUCAUGUAACACUUCAGAAAUUGCAUUUAAAAUUAGUAAUAAUAAUGCAGUCAGAUUUGUUUGAAAAUGUUCUGCUUAUUUUGUAUCCAUCUCGACGCUACAGUCACACUUUCCUAAGUGACAUGAGCUGUUAUUGCAGGGUCUUUAUUUUAUUUCCGUAUGUGUUCCACAAGACUUCUGUCAGCUGAUCACAGUCUUGGCUACUAUGGGACUGAAGAGAGAUGUGAGAUCAGAGUAGUUCUGGCCAGGGCUCUGGUCACGUUUACCGAUGUGCUUGUACUUGUGUUUUUUGUGUGUGGUUUUUUUGUUUCUAACCUCUGCUUGUCCUCAAGGGCAGCUGUGACUUCACAUGCUUUUUUGAUGUGUUUAUGAAGUGCAUCUGGAUUCACUGCAGAGUAAUAGAGAGCAGGGUAGAUUUUUAGGAAUAUAUGUAUAUUUUCAGAGCUUUAUAUUCUCAGACUAGUGAAAUCUGUAUACAUGUUAAAAGGCAGCUUUCAAAGCCAACACCAUUAGUCAUAUUUUGCAGAGUUUUCAGAUGGAAGCUAAUCCCAGGUCUAGAGUAAAUAGGAUUUGCAGAGGCGAAUCUCCCUGUCCAAAUUAAGGAUUAAUAUGUGUCCAUAAAACUGUCCUGCUACAGUAUGUACUUAUGAGAUUUUUAUCAGAACUGUAAAUAUUUAUUUUAACCAGUUUUAUUAUGCAUUCUCUUAGCAGCUCCAUAUCUAAAUGUACCGACGUUGUCCUCAACAUGGCAGCGCUUGGGCUUUGGAUUUCAAGCAUGCUACAUUUGGCCAAAAAAAUUUGUUUGUCUUAGUGACUGUAGCUGUUAUUAUGUGGUGCAUUAACAACAUAUACCAGUUGCUAUAAAUUAAAAUUAUUUCUUGA